ACAUGAUUGCUGCUUCCUCUGCCUGACAUCAUUGCCUGUGCAGCUUUAUUACCUACAGGAAGGAUGCUGUGCUCUUCUAUGGGCCAUGGCUGAGUGAUGGUGCACUGCAGGCUUUGCAGCGCAGUCCAUCGUGAUAUGGGAUCACUGGUCAUGGCAAUGCUGCCGCUCCGCAGGACAGUCUGAUGCAUGUCAGUAUUUUCUGCUUAACCACCAACAAUCGGGAUUAGGAAACAACACUUCGGUUCACCCAGAAGAAAGAAGCCAACAUGGUUAAUACUGGAGAGAUAAAUGGUUCCAGCAACCUGAUGGAUUUCCUUGAUGAACCUAUUCCAGAUGUUGGGACAUAUGAGGAUUUCCACACCAUUGACUGGUUAAGGGAGAAGUCACGGGAUACAGAUAGACAUAGAAAGAUUACCAGUAAAAGCAAGGAAUCUGUUUGGGAAUUCACCAAAGGACUUCUGGACGCCUGGUCAGGAUGGAUUGUCAUGCUUCUUAUUGGACUGCUGGCAGGUACUUUAGCGGGUGUUAUAGACUUGGCCGUGGACUGGAUGACUGACCUUAAAGAGGGAAUAUGUCUUAAUGGGUUCUGGUUUAGCCAUGAACAAUGCUGCUGGACAUCAGAUGAAGCCACCUUUGAUGACCGGGAUAAAUGCCCUCAGUGGCAGAAAUGGUCGGAAUUGAUGAUUGAUAAAUCAGAGGGUGCCAGUGCAUAUAUUUUAAAUUAUUUCCUUUAUACUAUGUGGGCUUUGACCUUCGCCUUCUUGGCUGUUUCUUUGGUUAGAGUCUUUGCUCCUUAUGCAUGUGGCUCUGGAAUCCCUGAGAUAAAAACCAUCCUUAGCGGUUUCAUAAUAAGAGGUUACCUGGGGAAGUGGACGCUCCUGAUCAAAACAGUCACUUUAGUGUUGGUAGUGUCUUCAGGAUUGAGUCUGGGAAAAGAAGGUCCGUCGGUGCAUGUUGCGUGCUGCUGUGGAAACCUAUUCAGCAGCUUGUUGUCCAAAUACAGCAAGAAUGAAGGGAAGAGGAGGGAAGUGCUCUCAGCGGCAGCUGCUGUAGGAGUCUCUGUUGCUUUUGGAGCCCCAAUUGGUGGUGUGCUUUUCAGUUUGGAAGAGGUCAGUUACUAUUUUCCUCUAAAAACCCUGUGGCGUUCCUUUUUUGCUGCUCUUGUGGCCGCGUUUACUCUGAGAUCAAUUAACCCCUUUGGCAACAGUCGUUUGGUUCUCUUUUAUGUGGAAUAUCAUACUCCUUGGUACAUGGCAGAGUUAUUUCCUUUCAUUCUCCUUGGAGUUUUUGGAGGACUUUGGGGAACCCUCUUCAUUCGUUGUAACAUUGCAUGGUGUCGUAGGCGUAAAACCACCAGCCUUGGCAAGUACCCAGUACUGGAAGUUAUUGUGGUCACGGCAAUCACGGCAAUUAUAGCUUACCCGAACCCAUACACACGGAGAAGCACAAGUGAACUCAUCUCGGAGCUUUUCAAUGACUGUGGAGCCCUUGAAUCUUCUCAGCUUUGCGAUUACAUUAAUGAUAUCAAUAUGACCAGACCUGUGGAUGACAUCCCAGAUAGACCAGCUGGUCCGGGAGUGUACACUGCAAUGUGGCAACUGGCUUUAGCUCUUGUUUUUAAAAUUAUAAUAACAAUUUUUACAUUUGGCAUGAAGAUCCCAUCUGGUCUAUUUAUUCCAAGCAUAGCAGUUGGAGCUAUAGCUGGUCGCAUAGUUGGUGUUGGAGUGGAGCAGCUUGCUUAUCACCACCAUGACUGGAUCAUCUUUAGGAACUGGUGCAGACCAGGAGCAGAUUGCGUCACUCCAGGACUUUAUGCUAUGGUGGGAGCUGCUGCUUGUUUAGGUGGCGUUACUAGGAUGACGGUUUCCUUGGUUGUUAUUAUGUUCGAGUUGACGGGUGGUCUGGAGUACAUAGUGCCUUUAAUGGCGGCUGCAGUAACAAGUAAAUGGGUUGCAGAUGCUUUUGGUAAAGAAGGAAUUUAUGAAGCACACAUUCAUUUAAAUGGAUACCCAUUCUUGGAUGUUAAGGAUGAAUUCACCCACAGAACUCUAGCAACAGAUGUCAUGAGACCUCGUCGUGGUGAGCCGCCGCUCUCUGUUCUUACUCAGGACAAUAUGACAGUAGAAGAUGUGGAGACUCUAAUCAAAGACACAGAUUAUAAUGGCUUCCCUGUGGUGGUAUCCAGAGACUCAGAACGUCUCAUAGGCUUCGCCCAGAGGAGGGAACUCAUCAUUGCCAUCAAGAAUGCCAGGCAGAGACAAGAUGGAGUGGUGAGCAACUCGAUUGUAUAUUUCACAGAAGACCCACCAGAGAUUCCGGCUAACAGCCCCCAUACUCUGAAACUGAGACGCAUUCUAAACCUCAGCCCAUUCACCGUCACUGACCACACACCCAUGGAGACUGUGGUGGACAUCUUUAGAAAGCUUGGGCUACGACAAUGUCUUGUCACUCGGAGUGGGAGGCUUCUGGGUAUUAUAACGAAAAAGGAUGUUUUAAGACACAUGGCUCAGAUGGCUAAUCAGGACCCAGAAUCCAUUAUGUUCAACUAGACUGUACACUGUGUGCGAGGAACGUUUUGCAAAAGUGCUGGAUGUGCUUGAAGCUUUUCUCUUAUUAACAAGGCGGUGGAGCAAAAAAGAAGAGACUGUCAUGACUUUGAGAAAAUGCUAUAGGCUUCACUAGAUCUCAAACCAGAUGAACAUAUGAGCAAAAUGUCAAAGCAGAUUCUAAAAAUACAACUAAAUUACACCUUCAGUAAUGGUGGAUGACCACUGCACGUCAUGUAAGAUGCUCCAUUUUGCUUUGAUCACAUUGCAUGUGUGUGAGUGAAUGUAAAUCUAUCUCGAACAUUCUGAGAGUUUCCGAGAAAUUCUUGAAUUGAUACAAACAGAAGAAGAGAAAUAUUUGCUCGAUGUCCAACAACAUUUUUAUACAAUGUGAAAUAUAUUGAAAGAGUGUACCAGACUCUAUAUAUCUUUAGGCGCUAGUCUGUAGUACGGGUGCAUUCACACCACGUUUAUGAGAUCCGGCUGCCUUAUCCAUCUGGGACAUUUCAAAACUGGUUGCUCCUGUAUCCAGGCCGGACCGGCGCUGAAUUUCAUUGUAAAGAAGAUCGGCAUCCAUCUUCAGUGAAGUGCGCACCGGAGGCUCAAUUUGAAUAUUCAUUGCCGCGGGUCACGUGAGUGCUCAGUCGGUGCAGCGCUCACAUGACUCGUGACAAUGAAUAUUCAUAUUGAGCUUGCCUCCAGCGCGCAAUUUACUGAAGAUGGAUGCCGAUCUUCGGAGGGACAGAUCUCUGGAGUGCAGGUAUGUAUUUAACCCAUUAACCCCUCAUCGGUCUCCUGUUCACCCACACUAUAACCCAGUGUAUUGGGUUUAGUGUGGGUGAACAGAUGACUGUUUUCCUUUAAGAGGAUGUUUCUUCCCAAUGAAACUGACAAGUUCCAACAUUUAUUAACGUGUGUAGAAAGCUUUGCUCAUGUUGAUGAUGCAUUGAUUUUUUUGGGGGAAAGGGCAUUUUGUUACAAAUGGUAUGAGGCUUAGGUGUGACAUUAGAUGAAAGCUAUGUCAUUGAAAACAAUAUAAUUUUGCACUAUAAAAUAAAAAUUCAGUGUUCGUAUUUUUGGCUGGAGUGGUCAGCAUUGGUGGUAGUAUAUACCAAGACUCCAGCAUAGGCAUACACAAGUAGGUGCAUACUUUGCAGUAACUCUUUUCCUACAUUUUUAGUUUAUUGAUAUCUGUUAGCUUUUGGUGUUAUUUUAAUGGAGCUAAAUCUCUAAGAAGCUUUUUCUACUCAGGUGUAUGUUUGUACCCUGACACAGUAAUGGUCUAUGGUGGUCUGUGUCUAGUAUAUGAAUUACAACAUCACAAAUAAAGAGGAAACAGUUUGGAAUCUC